AUGGAAGAUGCUCUCAAAGAACCUGUACAUCUCUCAAAAGGAAUUAAUUUGAAGGAGCUUCUAACAUCACAAACAGAAUUCCAUAUAGAUACAGAUUUCAAAAAAAAGAAGCCAGACUCAAUAUUAAAUUGGAAUAAUGAUUUAAUGUCAGAUUCUGAUGAGGAUGAUGAAAGCGACUCUGAAGAUGUCCUGAAAAAUAUAGAAACUUCAACGGAACAGAUGAUGCUUGUUUCUCCCGAAUACCAUUCGUUUAGUGAGCUUGCUGCUAAAAUGAUUGACUGUGUACCUAGUGGUGAUGUGAAAAUGCUUAUAAUUGAAGAAGGUGAUGGCCCUCUCGUCCCAGUUGAUGCUGAGGUGACCCUUCAUUAUGCUGCUUAUUGGGAAAAGGCGAAAAUCCCUUUUGAUUCCACGCUUACUAUGAACUCUGGAAUGCCUUUGCAUAUCCGUUUAGGCACGGGCAAGAUUUUAUUAGGCCUGGAAAUAGGUCUCACUGCGGUGAAGGGGCCUAAAGCCAGGUUCCAUUUGCUGCUGCAGCCGAAUGUUGCGUGGGGGGAGAGGGGUGCUCUGCCCCGGGUGAGACCGGAGCCUGCUUUAUUUGUUAUCGUGUUGUAUGAUGUCAAAGACGUACAAGCAGCAGCAAGAUUCAACGAUUUACCUAUGGAGGAACAGAAGAAAUUUGAAGUGACAAUGAAAACCGUAAAGUCCCUACACUCUCAAGCCAAGGACUUAUUCAAUAAGAAAAAAUACACCAAAGCUAUCAAAAACUAUCAACAAUCUAUAUCUGUGCUAAGAAUAUCGCAGCCGCAGAACGAAACCGAAGAAAGCGAAGUCAAAAAACUGAAGAUUGUCGUAUUUGUCAAUUUAGCCGUGUGUUACUACAAAAUAAAUAAACCAAAAUAUGUAAUAAACAUGUGCGAGAGCUUAGACCAUUUAAUCGAUAUAGAAACACACUGUAAGGCGUUGUUUUACUAUGGCAGGGCUUACGAAAUGCUUGGAAAAAGGGAGGAGGCGUUAAAAUAUUACAAUAAAGCGCUGAAACUUGAGCCGAAGAACAAGGAAAUCGGCAAAGCGCUGGUGGAUUUCGAGCGAUACAUCCAGGAAUCUGCGAAAAAGGAAAAAGAAAUGUGGCAGGCUGCUUUCAAAUCAACGCCGCAGAAAAAAAACGUUGUCUAUGACGUUGAUGUCGAUUUUCAAAAUGGCGUCAUAGAGAUGUGUCAGAAUUUGUCGGGAAGCGACGAGUACGCGAAAUUCGAAUUGCCGACGGGUUUGACUAAGAACGAAGUUGACUGCAUUAAGGCAUUAACAGAUAGAAAAAUGAUAAAGUUGGUGUUUAUCGCUGCGCUCGUGCAGUGCACAAUUUCUCAACAAUAUCAACAGAAAGUUGCUCCCGGAGUACCACCGCAGAAUUAUCAGAAUUACCAACCACCACCACCACCACCGCAACCUGGGCAACCUCCUCAGCAACAACAGUACCAACAACCACAGCAAUACCAACAACAACAACAACAAUAUCAACAGCCGCAGCAGCCACAGCAGCAACAUUACCAACAACAAGUGCCAGUUCAGCAGAUUCCGGUGCAAAACCCUCCGCAGGGUCAAGCUGCCCAUGGCGAUCCUCAACUCCUGAAUCCAGCCAACAUAGCCCAAGAAAGAGACCAUAUCAAGGAGCACAUGGAUGUACCAAUUGACACGUCCAAGAUGUCGGAGCAAGAGCUUCAGUUCCAUUACUUCAAGAUGCAUGACGCUGACAACAAUGAUAAGCUUGAUGGCUGCGAGCUGAUCAAAUCACUUAUACACUGGCACGAAGAGCAAGGUCACAAACAGCAACCUCAACCAGGAUCUCCUCCGGUAGGAGAGAAAAUCUUUACUGAUGAGGAGUUAACAAAUUUAAUAGACCCCAUAUUAAAUAUGGACGAUCAUAACAGGGAUGGUUACAUAGAUUAUCCGGAAUUCGUUAGGGCGCAACAGAAAACUCAAAGACAAGACGGAAAUCAAUAG